ACAAAAAUAUUUCAGUAAUCUUCGAUUCAAUGUACGUAGAAUGGAACGCUUAGCGACACGUAAACGUCAAUCGUGAAAGAAACCAAAAGAUUGCCCGUUAUGCUUUUAAUUGUACGCUAAUAACUAGAGAAAAACUGCUCGAUUUGGAAUUUAAGAGAUACUAUUAAGAAAAGGCUAAGAAUAAUUUAGACAGAUGUUACUAAAGUUGGGUGGUGACAGGCUCCGCGGCAGUGGAUCGCCUCGCCCCUCGCGUACAACAUGCUGCUGGCGCUGCUCAACGAGAACGUGCCCUCAGUGGACAAGUAUCAGGACCUUAUCAAAAAAAUGCAGAGGAAACAAGGUUAUUUAUCAAUGAACAAGCUUUUUCUAUCGUCGGAGAGAGUCGGCGAAACAAAGGACUUGCAGUAUCUGAUGCAAACAUUGUCACAUAUCGAAAUGGAAGAGACUAAUUUUAGUAAAAGUUUAAAUUCAUUUGAAUUAUGGGUGCGAAAAUUUGGAUACAAAGGUCCAGGUUUGGAAAUACCCUCAAGUUCAGAGUAUGUAUUAGCUAAUGCUUUUUUCUUUCGCCGUGCUUGGCUUAAGAGUGACAGUGCUGGCGCUUCGAUGAAGAUAUUUAACUCAUUCAAUUACACAUCUGACGUUACUUAUGAUGCUAGAAUCCUAGAACUCCCUUUGUGCUCCAAGUUUAAGCUGGUGCUCCUAAUACCGUGUGAGAGGGACAGGCUGGAUGCUCUGUUCAGCAGGCUGAACAAUGAAGGUCUGGCGGCGGCCAUCAGCAGUCUGCAUCCGAUCUUCACUGUCAAUAGCAAGAUGGUGGCACCGAACAUCGAUUUUGCAUCCACGAUUCAAAUUAAAAAUAAUUUAAAUAAUCUAGAGAGCGGCUCAGUUUUGCAAAGUGCUACCAUAUGUGUCAAUGAAGAAGGCACUGUUGCUAGAGUAGUUACUUAUCUAAUAUCUGUAAAGGCCGAACUAUCGAACUUAGAAUAUAAAUUUGAAUCGUUUGCAACACCGUUUCAUUUUGCGCUUGUGUCAAAUGAUACACCAUUCGUGACUGGACAGUUCUACAGGGAAUAAGUCGGCAAUCGGUGACGUAAUUUGGUUUAAUUCUUAAGUUUGCCAUGAGUUUUAGGGACAACUGAAUUGUAUAUACUAUGUAUAUGCGAAGAUAUAUACGGGUCUAACUAGUCCACCUAACACUAUUUGUCUUUCUCAAUUUGUUGCUGUACGUAAUUGUUUUAUUAUUUAUUUAUAAAUAAAAGUGAUAGUGAGUAAAUUGCAUUUUAUUUAUAAUCACGACUCCCGCGGUCAGAAAGUUGUGGUGUGGUGGGUUACACAAACAUUCAAGUCACU